AUGGACGGUUCCCUGGACCCACCGGAGGGCCGGAAGACCAUCGUCGCUUACGAUUGGGGGCGCCGGCCCGGGCCCAGCGUCUUUCCUAGGAGUCGCUGGAACAAGAAGCACACGGUGCAGUUCUGUGAUCACAAGCAACUUGUGGAGUGCUUUAACACGCGGGGACAGGCGCCAUGCACACCAGAGUGUGGCUACGUGGCAGGCGUAGACGACCAGCCACAGCUGUUGGUGGCCAACGCCUUUAAAGCCCGUGCUGCGCUCGUUGACCCACAAUAUAUCCUCAACGUUGGGGAUAACUUCUACUGGGGCGGUAUCGAGAAGACUUGUGGGAGUCCGAUGGAUCAGAUCUCGUACCCGACGAAGCACCAGUUCGAUCAGAUCUUCGAAGGUGUAUAUCAAGGGGCUGGCCUCACCAACAAGCCCUGGUUCAGUGUUUUGGGCAACCAUGACUGGGGAGGCUUCAAGUUCGACAACGGCUGGGAUCAGCAGAUCUCCUACACCUGGGCUAGCAACCGAUGGGUCAUGCCCGCUCCCUACUAUAAGACCUCCGUUGUCUACGCGGACCAGGACUUCGAUGUGGAUUACUUCUUCCUUGACUCCAACUUCAUCGAUGCCAUGCCGCCCGAGGAGGACCCCAACCACAACAUGUGCAGCCGAAAGAACAACAAGCCCUCUGCCUCUUGCGCCGCGGCGGAUGGCCCCGAGUCAGUUGACGCCUGCCCUGGCUGGUUCGCCUCGCUGUGGGCGGAGCAGAAGCCAUGGGUCACGAAGCUCAUGGGAGAGAGCAAGGCCAGCUGGCAGGUUGUGGUCACCCACUUCCCUUGCGGACAUGAGCAGGACUUCUACAAGUCCUUGCGUGAUUUGGGGAUGGAUCUGCUUGUGACCGGACACCGACAUGAUCAGGAGCUGUGGCUCCCGGAUGACUAUGCCAAGAACCACAUGGGCGUAACGUGCAUCGUGACGGGCGGUGGCGGUGGCAUUACUUCCGAGGCCACUCCAAAUCCAGAGGAGACGGAGGAUUGGUACGGCGAGGGACAGUAUGGCUUCUAUGACCUCACCAUCAGCAAGUCGGAGAUUUUGAUCGAAUCCAUUAAUUAUGAUGGUGAUGUGCUGUUGACGCACACGGUGCACCCAUCGCGCUGA